UUCUUUCUGUUUAUAAACCCUCUAAUGGCAGUCCGACGACCGCACCUCCCCGGCCCGCGCCAUCUCCAACUGAAAUUUGUGGAAACAUGAGAGAAAGCAAACGGCUAGCCCCUCAGAAGAAACAUUCCCGCGCCUCUGCACAAACGAAGCGCAAAUAUUUCGAUGACAAACAGCAAAACGAUCUCGAAACUGGUUCGAAGAGGCAAAAAUUAGUCUACAGGACCAAAACCCUAACUCUUAAACCUCACAGUUCCCGUUCAAAUUUGCCAGCUUUGAAUAGGUUUGAACCAAUUUACUCAUCAUCUUCUCGCAGUCGUAAACACAAGCAUGAUUGGAGCAGAAGUUCAAGUAUUGCUGAGAGUAAUCGCAAAUGGGUGUUUUCUGGCGACGAUUUCUCUGCUUAUAGUGAUAGGAUUGUUUUUGUGUCAUACAAUAUACUAGGUGUUGAAAAUGCAUCAAAGCAUCCAGAUUUAUAUUUCAAAAUCCCACCUGAGUGCUUGGAGUGGGAUAGACGAAAGGAGCUCAUUUGUAAGGAGAUCAAUCGUUAUAAUGCAGACAUCCUAUGUUUCCAGGAGGUUGAUCGUUUCAAUGAUUUAGAUUGCCUUCUUCAAAAUGAUGGCUUUAGAGGUCUUUACAAGGCCCGCACAGGUGAAGCAUAUGAUGGUUGCGCUAUAUUUUGGAGAGAUACACUAUUUACCCUUUUGCAUGAAGAAAAUAUAGAGUUCCAGAAUUUUGGCCUCCGUGACAAUGUUGCUCAACUUUGUGUUUUAAAGAUGAAUGAAAAUCAAUCAGAAUCUGACUUGUGUAUGCAAUCACUGAAGGCAAAGUCUACCCCUGCUCGAAGAUUAGUUGUGGGAAAUGUGCAUGUUCUUUUCAACCCAAAACGUGGAGACAUCAAGCUGGGCCAGGUUCGUCUAUUUCUUGAGAGAGCUCACAAGUUAUCACAAGAAUGGGGCGGCAUUCCUGUUAUACUUGGUGGAGAUCUAAAUAGCCUUCCACAGAGUGCUAUUUAUCAAUUUCUGUCUCAGUCUGAGGUAAUUUUGUUGGACGUCCUAGUCCAUGACCGCAGAAACAUUUCUGGGCAGCUCGAACACCCACCUCAGAACAAAUACUUCAGAUCUCCAAAUGAUAAUGUUAAGAGCAAUAACAUGUGCAUCUCAAGGCGAUCAAUGCGUGUAUGGAGUGAUGAUGAGUUGAGGCUUGCUACUGGUAGCAGAGGAGUAACUCACCUCCGUCACCAAUUAAAGCUUUUUAGUGCAUAUAUUGGGGUUCCUGGGACCCACAGAUCGAGAGAUAGUUGUGGAGAACCAUUGGCAACCUCAUACCACUCACAGUUUAUGGGAACUGUUGAUUAUAUUUGGCACACAGAGGAACUUCUUCCUGUAAGAGUUCUCGAAACCUUACCUAUGGAUAUUUUGCGAAGAAGUGCAGGUCUUCCUAAUGAGAAAUUAGGAAGCGAUCAUCUUGCCCUUGUAUGUGAAUUAGCUUUUGUAGAUGAUGACAGUAGGACUUGAGUCUUGAAUGAAAUUCAAAGCCUUCACAGUGCCUCAGACAUUAUGAAAAACUUUGCUUCCUUUGAGCAAUAUUCAUUUCCAAACAGCCAGUAUUACUGGAGCGCCAAAUAUUUGACUGCAACAGCUACGUGAUUGAAGAUCAAGCGUCAAUUUGGAAAGGAAAAAAGGUUUUCUCGUAAAUCCCAAAGAGUAGCUACAAGUAAAAUUUUUUCAUUAUUUUACUGGAUAUAUGAACAUCCAAAAUAAUUGAGACAUUUACAAUUAUUAUUAUAUUAUAUUCUUGGUAAUGAGCUGACUACAAUAAUUCAUUCUCUCUUUGCAAUAAUGCAAAGGCUCAUUAUACUUAAAUCAAAAUCUAAAUGUCUCUGCACUGUAAAUCUCUUUCUUCUGCAUCUACCUAUAAGAAAAGAAAAAUCUUUCAGUUGUCAGCAA